AUGAAGAUACCAUCAAUUUUACGUGAUACCAUUCUAACUACUACUAGUAGUUUGCUACUUCUUUCAACCAUUAAAAAUGUAAUAGCAACAACAUCUAUACCAUCACAACAAGAACAAAACAAAAAACAAGGAGAAGCCAGCGAGAACCAGCCUGCUCCUACUCUUAAAUACGUCAAAUUACCAUUCGAGAAAUAUACUGGAGAUUCAUUCGAAUCAGCCACAAGAAAUAACAAACCACUAAAUCAGCUACUGAAAAGAGACAACGAGGACGGCGCCGGAUAUGAAGACGUCAAAAUUACUAAUCAACAAAGUUUCUAUUCAGUAGAAUUAGCCAUAGGAACACCACCACAACAUGUCACUGUCUUGGUAGAUACUGGGUCUGCAGAUUUAUGGGUCACUGGGUCCAUGAACCCAUUUUGUCAGUCUUCUCUAAAUUCAAGAAAUGUAGUCAUAAAAAGAGAUGAUGACGACGACGACGACGACGACGACGACGACACACAACAAGCUGCAGGUAUGUUCACAGAAAUAUUGGUUACUAACUUGUCUGACUUGGGUAACUUAUCUGACUUGCUAGGUUCAUUUACUAUCAUAUCAACAGGUAUACCAGGUGGCAUCAUUCCUACCGGAGUAACAACAGCUACUACCACGGGUGGUGGCGGUGGUGCUGGAGGAGCAGGUGGAUUGCCCACAGCAACAAAUGACAUUCCACGUUCUGAAAGAACACUCGAUUGUCAAGAAUACGGAACAUUCAAUAGCAGUAGAUCUUCCACUUUUAAGAAUAAUUAUACCUCUUUCAGUAUCAGUUACGGUGAUUCCACUUUCGCUUCAGGUACAUGGGCUCAAGACGUUUUAAACCUUUCAGAUUUGAAUGUUACAGGACUCUCAUUCGCUGUAGCAAAUAUGACAAACUCUACAGUAGGUGUCCUUGGGAUAGGUUUACCUGCAUUGGAAUCUACUUAUUCAGGAGCAUCAGGGGCCACUCAAAGACAAAUGUACCAAUAUAUGAAUUUCCCAAUGGUUUUAAAACAAUCUGGUGCAAUCCAUACCACUACAUAUUCUUUAUUUUUGGAUGAUCUGGAUGAAAGUCAUGGUAGUGUUCUUUUCGGUGCCAUUGAUCAUUCCAAAUAUACAGGUCAAUUAUAUACUGUCCCUAUGAUUAACAUAAUGAGAAAUAGUGGAUAUUCUAACCCAAUCCAAUUCGAUGUAACAUUAUUCGGUAUUGGUUUACAAAAUGGUGAACGUAAUUUAACAUUAACCACAACGAAAUUAGCAGCGUUAUUAGAUUCAGGUACAACAAUUAGUUAUUUCCCAACAAGUGUCGUCGAACUAGUAGCAAGACAAAUUAACGCACAAUAUUCUGCCAGAUUAGGUUUCUACACUGUCCCAUGUAGAUCGGUAUCAAGUAAUACAAACUUAGUUUUCGAUUUCGGUGGAUUCCAUAUCUCAGGUCCAUUACAAGAUUUCUUAAUUCAAACUUCUCAACAAACUUGUAUCCUAGCAAUGGCUCCACAAGAAUCACAACACGUCAUCCUUGGUGAUAUCUUCCUAACUCACGCUUAUGUAGUUUACGAUUUGGAUAAUUAUGUCAUCGCAUUAGCCCAAGCGGAUACUUCAACUUCAAAUCAAUCAUCAUCAUCGGAUAUUGAAUUAAUCACGAACUCAACUAUACCAAGAGCUAUUAGAGCGCCAUUAUAUUCAGAAACUUGGACAGCUAAUAGACCAGUUCAAUCAGGUGGUAAUAUCUUUGCUGGAAAUGGUACAGUCAUAUACAAUCAAGGAUCAGGAUCAAUGACUACGUUAAGUGGGACUGCUGGUGCUCAACAAUUUACAUCUUCAAGUACAGGAUCUGCUAGUUCCGGUACUAGAAGGGAAAAUGAAGCAAAUGCUAAAGUGGCAAAGUCGUAUGUUGGUUCAACCUUCGCGUUGUUGGUUACUAUCUUUAUGGUUUCUUUGGUUUAA